GAAGGCGGAGCCUGCACGGAGGUGACGCUCCUUUUCUCUCUGUUGCUUUUCUUUCUUUUCUUUUUUUGUUUUGUUCAAAGACAGAAACCAGCUGCGCUUGUUGGGGGGCUCAGAGAGGAGAAAGGUGGGGAAAAACAAGGAGAAGUGUCCUCCGGAGAAGAAAAACCACCGAGCUGGAACUAUCUGAGAAGCUUUUGUGUGAUUUUUGAGAGGUCGGCUCCAUCGUCGUUGCUCUGAGAUCAGGAGGCGAGGAUGGCGAUGCAAAUGGGGGAGAUGGACAGCGGCUCGAUGAGGGUGAAGGAGUGGCAGCAGACGAUGUACGGCCUGGACUCGGGCAUCCAGUCCGGAGCCAACACCAUCAGAGAUGACGACGAGAUCCUGACCUCGAGGCAUUACACCAUGACCACCACCGUCAUGAAAGACGAGCCUGGUAGGGCCGAGCAACGCUCGAACCCAACAGUAGGUUUAAAACCAGCCGUACGUUUUAAAAGUGACCCUGUUGACACGAUUUCACCAGAUUUGAACGAGCAUUACACGAUGACCAGAGCCCAGCGUGUGAGAGCCGCCAUGUUCCCCGAGACGCUGGAGGAAGGCGCCACCAUCCUGUCCACGCAGACGGAUCCGUCCCAGAUGACCAACGUCCAGAGGCUGGCCGAGCCGUCGCAGCUGCUCAAGACGGCCAUCGUCCAUCUGAUCAACUACCAGGACGACGCUGAGCUGGCGUCACGCGCCGUCCCUGAACUCACCAAACUGCUCAACGACGAAGACCAGGUGGUGGUCAGCAAGGCGGCGCAGAUCGUCAACCAGCUCACCCGUAAGGAGGCUUCGCGGCACGCCAUGACGCAGUCCCCUCAGAUGGUGGCGGCGGUGGUCCGGGCCAUGCAAAACACCAGCGACAUGGAGACGGCCAAAGCCACAACCAGUAUCCUCCACAACCUGUCCCACCAGAGGGAGGGUCUGCUUGCCAUCUUCAAGUCCGGGGGAAUCCCCGCUCUCGUUCGUAUGCUCAGCUCCCCAGUUGAGGCCGUGCUCUUCUAUGCCAUCACCACAAUCCACAACCUGCUGCUGCAUCAGGAGGGCGCCAAGAUGGCCGUGCGCCUGGCCGACGGCCUCCAGAGGAUGGUCCCCCUGCUGAAGAAGAGCAACCCCAAGUUCCUGGCCAUCACCACCGACUGUCUGCAGCUGCUGUCAUACGGGAACCAGGAGAGCAAGCUGAUCAUCCUCGCCAACGGGGGUCCCGAGGGUCUGGUUCACAUCAUGAGAAACUAUUCCUAUGAGAAGCUGCUGUGGACCACAAGCCGUGUUCUCAAAGUCCUCUCUGUGUGUCCCAGCAACAAGCCGGCCAUUGUCGAUGCUGGUGGGAUGCAGGCUCUGGGCAAACAUCUCUCUGGAUCCAGCCAGCGCCUGAUGCAGAACUGCUUGUGGACACUCAGGAACCUGUCUGACGCUGCCACCAAGCAGGAGGGAAUGGACAGCCUGCUGCAGGUUCUGGUAGGCCUCCUCAGUUCUGAUGACCUCAACAUGCUCACCUGCGCCACGGGCAUCCUGUCCAACCUCACGUGCAACAACGCCCACAAUAAAUCUCUGGUCACCCAAAGCAACGGCGUCGAGGCACUGAUCCACACCAUACUGCGCGCCGGGGAGAAGGAGGAUGUGGCGGAGCCGGCGGUUUGCGCUCUGCGGCACCUGACUUCACGCCACCAGAACGCUGAGCUGGCCCAGCAUGCAGUGAGGAACCACUACGGCAUCCCCGCCAUUGUUAAGCUGGUCAACCCACCGUACCGCUUUCCAGUUGUCAAGGCUGUGGUUGGCCUGAUCCGUAACCUUGCCCUGUGCCCAGAGAACCAGGCCCCUCUGAGGGAAGCCGGAGUCAUUCCCCGUCUGGUCAACCUGCUGCUCAAAGCCCACCAGGAUGCUCAGAAACAUGGUUCAUCCAACCAGCAGACAUACCAGGAUGGAGUGAGGAUGGAGGAGAUUGUGGAGGGUUGCACCGGAGCUCUGCACAUCCUGGCCAGAGAUCCCAUCAACAGAGGAGAAAUCGCCAACACGCAGACCAUUCCUCUCUUUGUUCAGCUUCUCUACUCUCCAGUGGACAACGUGAAGCGUGUGGCGGCGGGCGCCCUGUGCGAGCUGGCCCUGGAUAAACCGUCGGCUGAGCAAAUCGACGCCGAGGGGGCGGCGUCUCCACUGAUGGAGCUGCUGCACUCCAACAACGAGGGCAUUGCUACGUACGCCGCUGCUGUGCUCUUCCGCAUCUCUGAGGAUAAGACGUCGGACUACAAGAAGCGCGUGUCCGUGGAGCUGACGCACACUCUGUUCAAACACGACCCCAUAGCCUGGGAGGCGGCACACAACAGCGUCGUCAUGGACGUAAACUGUGCAGAGGAGCUAGACGGUGGUUUCCAGGGUUACGGGUACCAAGGUGAGAUGCCCAUGGACGGCAUGGAAGCACACAUGAUGCAGGAGGACUAUCCAGGUGGCAUCCCCUACGACAGACAGUACCCUGAACAAUAUUAAAGGACAACUAAAGGGAGGUCGAGGAGGAAGCAGAGGACGUAGAGCGGGAGGCAAAGGGACGAAGAGGAGUAGAAUUCAGUCACCUGUAGAGAGAACUCCCUCUGCUCUCCACCUGCUGUAAAAUAUGCAAUUAUCGAGUAAGGGACUCAUAAUCUUAACAGGGCUCAACUUGUGUUUUAUAUAGAGUAAUUUUUCUGAUUUUUAAUUGACAGCUUUGUAAGUUUCAGUUCAAACCUUUAAGAGUUGUGUGCAUGUGAGUAUGCGUGUCUGCGCUUCUGGGUGGGUGUUUUAUGCCAAAGAGAUUUUUAUUUUGUGAUGAUAAUCAUGUAGCCUCUUUUUUUAAUGAAAAGGAGAAUAUUUGAAAACACUGCCAGCGGUGGCUGAACGUGCACCUUCGCACCGCUGAGUUUGACGCCUUUUUAACAAAUACGACUCAUCUUUGCUGUAGUUUUUACACUUUGUUCUGUCGUCGAGUCCCACGGAGAGCCAGGAGACGGGGUUCACUUUUAUUUUCUUGUGGCAAUAAUUUAGUCGGAGGGAGCAAAGAGGGUUUAAAAGAACAGCACAGGGCUGUGCCUAAUGCUUUGUAAUCGGCUGAUGUGUAAAAAUGAGUGAGAUGCUUUGGUUCCCCCUUAUUUAGAAGAAAAAAAAAAGUAUAUUUUAGUGUACUCACCAGAAUUUUAACAAAUGUGUUUUUGAUUGUAAAGUGGAAUUUCAAAACAAGUGGCUGAGGUUUAAAAGUACAAUGAUGAUGAUUAGAGUUCACGUUUGUGCAUCAGAUUUUGUCUGAUUAUUAAUCUUCACGUGAGUGUGUGGCCCUACAGCUGGAACAAACUACUGACAGGAAAUUUAUUUUCUUUCUACUUUUGAAGAGUUUUUACUGAAAUUUUGUUUAUUAAAAAUAAAGGAUAUAUUA